AUGUCGUCGUCGUCGGACGACGGUGACGGGGCGCCGAGCGAGAUUUGGGGUGGGCAGAGAAACGCGAGCGAGGCGAAGACGCCGAGACGCAAGGCGAGGACCAAGGCGGAGCGCGACGCGAGCGCGGAGUCGUACGAGUGGAGCGCGUGGGCGUCGUCGUGUGGAAUCAUAAGUAUCGCCAUUACGGCGACGUACUUUAGAAUCUUGCGCGAGGUGGACGUGAACGGAGGGUUAUUCCCGGUGGCUGAACUCGUGGCGCAGCUCGCGCUCAUCGCCGGCGCCGCCGUCGGGAUGGA